AUGCCACGACCAUCUGGUGACAGCGAAGACAGGCGGACUGAAGACGAGAUAAGACGUGCGUUAACGAAAGCACGGAAACGAGCACGCCUUGAGAAUUUGAAAAAGUUGGAGCGUAUGAUGGGACUGGCGUCAUCGUCCGAGGUGGAUUAUGACGAAACGACGAAGGCCACUCCCGCACCAUCUCUAAGAACGAGUUCAAGUACAGUUCCAACAACGGUUUCGAUUAUCGCAACAACAACAACAACGCCAGCGCCAAUCCGUCAGCGUUUGGAAAUGGAUUCUGAUCGAAUUCUGGGUCACUCGAAAACCGAUCACAGUUGGUCAACUUUCAGUAAUCGAAAUCGAUCACCUGGUUUGUCAGGUGCUACACAAAGGAUGUCAACUUCAGAAGCGAGCGGAAAGCUAAACGGAGAUGUGAAAAAAAGUGCCGAAAAAGUGAUGCAAGAUGAGGAAGGCGAAAUCAUCAGCGAGCACAUAAUUAGCGCACAGAAAAAAGAGGAACCGAUGAAUGUGGGCAAACAAAUCAUAUCCUUGGAUGAUUACGAUGAUGAGAAUGAGAUGAUCGAAGAGGAGUACGACGUUGACGAAUACGGGAAACGGAUAACGAAUAACCAGAAUAGUAAGUAUUUGACCUGA